AUGACCGAAGUUUCCGCUACCCGCCUUUACCUGGGCAAUCUCCCUCGCAAUGCCACCAAGGCCGAAGUCGAGGCCCAUUUCGCGACCCAUGGCACUGGCGAGAUCACCGAGGUCAAGCUCAUGAAUGGUUUCGGCUUCAUCGAGUACAAGGAUGCAAUGGAUGCUCGUGACGUUGUUCCUGGUAAGUCCAAGUUCUCAGCAACUGUUAGUUGA